GGCAUUUGUACGCUGGCCGGGGGUGGCCGAGCCGGCGCUCAGUGUGUGCCACAGAGCGCGGGGGACCGGGUGUGCUGAGGCGGGCUGCCGGGAGGCCACGCUGUCACUAUGGUGCGCGACCAGUGGUGCUAUUUAGCGGCCAUCGCCGCAGUCAUUGGUGCGAGUUCAGGCUCCGAGCUGAUGUUCACGCCGUCUGUGAGGAAAUUGUGUGGUGAUACCAGCAAAAAGUGCGUCAAUAUUCGUCAGUGCGCGCUGUACAAAACGAGGGAGGAUCUGUCGAGGCACCCGCCGCAGAUCUGCGGCUUUUCCGGCAUGGCUUCCCGCGUUUGCUGCCCGGCCGAUCAGGUGGCGAUUCCGUGGCAGAUCUCGGGAGGUCCGGAGGUCACAGGACCGGUCACAGGAGGACCUAUGCCCGAGCCGCCCGUCCCGGAGCCGCCGUCACCGCUGCCAGAACAGUGCGGUCUGCCCCGAGAGACCGUCCGAUUCAUCAGGCUUAAACGCAGCGCAAACACGCCGACCUUUGACUUCGAGAUGGCUAGACCGAUACCGCAACUAGUCGCAGAGCUCUCCACCGAGCCACCGAUCCAGGCAGCCGUGGGAGGCAUCAACGCCAUUGUGGGCAAGUGGCCGUGGAUGGUGCUGUUCGGCCGAUGGACGGACGCCGGUCUGGGCGGCUGGUUCUGCGGCGGCACCCUCAUCACCGACCGCCACGUGCUCACGGCCGCCCACUGCCUGCGACCAGAGGAAGCCGGCACCGUGGGCGCGCGCAUCGGCGACAACGACCUGAACCGGCUGGACGAGGUGGAGCACCAGCAGCGGAACGUCUCCGGCAUCGUGCGCCACCCGCAGUACGUGGGCGCGCAGAACGACCUGGCCGUGGUGCGGCUGGCGGCUCCCGUCACUGUCACCAGGGACGUGUCGCCCAUCUGCCUGCCGCCGGCCGGCGCCGACCACGUCGGACGACACGUGGAAAUGGCCGGCUGGGGCCUGCUCGAGUUCGGUGGGAACACUUCGGACAUUCUGCAGGAGGUGGCCCUGCGCGUGGCCGACCCGUCCGUCUGUGAGACCGCCUAUCGGCGCGUGCCGCAGUUCGACAGUCGCUUCCCGGGAGGUUUCCAGGGCACCAAGGUGUGCGCCGAGAGCCGGGACGGCGAGCCGCGCGACGCGUGCCGCGGCGACUCGGGCGGCCCGCUGAUGGUGCGUCUGGCGGACGACACCUACCAGCUGGUGGGCGUGGUCUCCACGGGCGUCGGCUGCGGCAACCCCGAGUUCCCCGGACUCUACACCAAGGUGUCGGCCUACAUCGACUGGAUCCUCAGCCAGCUCAGUGCGGUGCUUUGAUUGUUUGUGAUUUGAUUGUUUGUGAUGUUUUUACCCCCAUUCGCUUCAUCUGAAGCCCCAAUGAGUGCCCAGCAGGCCCCCAUAGGUGUCUAGUACGAAAUCGCUGAUAAUUAAGUACAAAUAAACACUUUUGGCACCGGACAAUA